AUGAAAAUAAACAAACGAGGAGUAAUUGAAGAGAGAAGAAAACAAAAAAAAGCAACAGCAAAAGACUAUAUCUUGCAAGGUGGAUCUACAGCACUAAUUCUAGCAGUCUCUGAUAUACUAGGUCAGCUAGUACUAGGCGGAAUUACUUCGUACGUUCAAACCCCUCUUCUCAUGGGAUUUUAUGGCUUUAUGACUGGAAAUCUGAGUUUUUUAAUGUACACCAGAAUGGACAGUUACAGCUCAGAGAGAUUUGACAGGAUUAAAGGACUAAGUGCCAUAAGGAUAAAGAUAGCCCUGUAUAAAAUGCUAUUUGACCAGCUUGUUUGGUCACCAUUCGGUACAUUUAUGUUUAUUUUUGUGGCUAGCCUUGUGGAUAGUUCAGAUUUCAGCAUAAAAAAGGUUCUAAAAGACUAUUUUAGAAUACUUUUUGACAGUUAUAAAAUAUGGCCUAUCUUGCAAAUGAUUAACUUUUUAUUUGUUCCGUUAGAAAUGCGUGUAGUUUUUAUUAGUAUGGCUUCUUUACUGUGGAAUACGUAUGUGAAAAUAGCCAGGCAAGGAUAG